CACCGCAAGGGACGUGCUAACAUUCGCCUUUCCUUUUCAACACAAACAAACAGGAACAGCCUUGUUACUCUUCCCACUCCAGUGAGUGAGCUGGUAGUAACGACAUGGAAGCGACGUCGUCGCCGCCACCGGCGAAUCUGAACGAGCCACUGAACGACGAUAAGAAGAAGAAAACGAAAACGAUGACGGAGAAGAAGAAGAAGAAGAAGGAAGCUUUGGGAUGGAUGGAGUGGCUGAGGGGGUGGUUCUACGUGGUGUACGAGAUGCUUUUUCAGAGGAUAAUGGCGAGCCAUUUGCAAAACCCUAUGCCUCUCCCUCCGAUCAACGAUCUCACCUGCAUUGUCACCGGAUCCACCAGCGGAAUCGGCCGCGAAAUCGCCAGGCAAUUGGCCGAAUCUGGAGCGCAUGUGGUUAUGGCGGUGAGGAAUACGAAGGCGGCUCACGAGUUGAUCCAGAAAUGGCAGAGCGAGUGGUCUGGAAUGGGCCUCCCUCUCAAUAUUGAGGUGAUGGAACUUGAUCUUCUGUCCUUGGAUUCUGUUGUGAGAUUUGCUGAGGGGUGGAAUUCGCGUUUGGGGCCUUUGCAUGUUCUUAUCAACAAUGCUGGAAUCUUUUCAAUUGGAGAGCCCCAAAAAUUUUCGAAAGAUGGGUAUGAGGAACACAUGCAAGUGAAUCAUCUGGGUCCAGCGUUGCUUUCAAUAUUGCUUUUGCCAUCUCUUAUCAGAGGUUCUCCAAGUCGAAUUGUCAAUGUGAAUUCUGUUAUGCAUUAUGUUGGGUUUGUUGACACAGAAGACAUGAAUGUUGUUUCUGGUAGAAGAAAAUUUACCAGCUUAGUGGGAUACGCAAGCAGCAAGCUUGCACAGGUUAUGUUUACUAGUGUUCUCUUUAAGCGACUGCCUGCUGAAUCUGGUAUUAAUGUUCUUUGUGUAUCACCUGGAAUUGUCCACACAAAUGUCGCAAGGGAUCUUCCCAAAGCUGUUCAAGCUGCUUAUCAUUUAAUACCCUAUUUUAUUUUCAGUCCUCAAGAAGGUUCCAGAAGCACACUCUUUGCAGCCACUGAUUCUCAGGUUCCAGAGUACUGCGAACUUUUGAAAGCUGAUGAUUGGCCCGCUUGUCCUUUCAUAUCUCAAGAUUGCCGUCCCGCAAGUCCUUCGGAAGAAGCGCACAACAUUGAAACUUCUCACAAAGUGUGGGAAAAGACACUAGAGUUGAUUGGUCUUCCUCCAGAUGCUGUCGAGAGACUCAUAGAAGGAGAAGACGUUAACUGCAGAUAUGGAGCUAACCAGGAGUAACUUUCCUUACCAAUUCUCACCCCAUGAGGUGCAAAUCUUUCCAAAGAGUACUAAUUGCUUCAUGUAGAUUAUGUAUCAAAUGAAGCUGCUUUAUAGUUUGAGUGAAGAGUUUUGGUCAUUAAUUUUCGCGCGGGCAAAAUAAAGCGCCGUAAUCUUCCCGGCGAAUUUUAACAAGACACCAUUUUGCUCUGAACAUGACUUGUGAUCUUGCAUCUCCGGAUGCCCUUCUAUCUUUGUCACGACCAAAUUUACUAGUUCAGGAACUCAAAGAAACCCUAUAGGACUACUGGGAAAUGAAUGACUUGUCUCUAGCAGUUGCGAUAGAAUUGCAAUGCGGGUUAUUUGGCCACUAAACAAACCACAUUAGUAUGUAAUCUGAGCUUGAAUUUUUUUCAGUAGCAUGCAUAAGA